AUGACAAAUUUUGAAAAAAGUAAGUUUUUGGAAAAAAACUUGUUCUGGAGAUAUUAAAGAGUAUAUAUUUUCAGGUUCAUUCGGAUUACUGUAUCUAAAUUACAGUACUUGUUCAACAAUUUUUCGAAAAGAUCAAUUUCAAGGAGAUUUAGCUUCAUCAAAAGCGAAGUUCAGAAUCAGUACGUACACUUUGAAAAAAAGUAUGUAAUUUUCUUCUGAUUACUGUACCUAGACUAUGGUAUUUUUUCAGAAACGCCCGAUCAACUUACUGUAUCUAGACUACAGUACUAUUCAAUCAACUUGGAACUCAACAUUUUAAUUUAA